GUGACGAACAGACAAGUAAACAGAGGAGAGAUAGAGAGUGACGAACAGACAAGUAAACAGGAGGAGAGAUAGAGAGUGACGAACAGACAAGUAAACAGAGGAGAGAUAGAGAGUGACGAACAGACAAGUAAACAGGCGGAGAGAUAGAGAGUGACGAACAGACAAGUAAACAGGAGGAGAGAUAGAGAGUGACGAACAGACAAGUAAACAGGAGGAGAGAUAGAGAGUGACGAACAGACAAGUAAACAGGAGGAUACAGACAGACAGACAGACAGACAGACAGACAGACAGACAGACAGACAGACAGACAGACAGACAGACAGACAGACAGACAGACAGACAGACAGACAGACAGACAGACAGACAGACAGACAGACAGACAGACAGACAGACAGAAAAUCCUUACAUGACUUCCGUGCCAAAGAGAGCCAAAGGCUUUAAGCUGUACUGUAGUCACAUUGGAUUUAACUGUAGCAGCCAAGGACAGGCCAGGACAGGACAACCCAGGACAGGCCAGCCCAGGACAGGCCAGCCCAGGACAGGCCAGCCCAGGACAGGCCAGCCCAGGACAGGACAACCCAGGACAGGCCAGCCCAGGACAGGACAGACCAGUGUUGUUCAGAUGGUAAUCACUGCAUCUCCCUGAGUUGUGUUGUCGCCUUGGAGACGCCAAGAUGUGAGGCAAUCCCAGUAGAAGAAUCAUUGUGAAAACGAAGUGGAAAGUGAUCAGUGUGCUCCAACACCACUCAGUGCCAACAACAGAGGGAUAGAACAGACAGAGAGAGGUGAGGAAAGCACCCAGGGCUCAGCAUGUGCAGGUGGAGAGAGAUUAUUUCAUAGAACCAGCCAAUUACCCUUCAGAGGAAGAGAAAGUGACGCCACUUCCUGUUAAAGAGGAAGAGGACUCCAAGGCAGACAUGUUGUCCUCCACGCUGGCGUCAGCUCUCGCCCCGCACUGGAGUGUCCGAAUACGCAGGAACAAGCGGGGUGUCGCCUGCACCGACAUUGGUGUGGUUGGCACGGCAACCAGCGAGCCCGGACAGGAACCCCAAGGGAGUGGACUGGACGUGGGCGAGGGGGGAAUGUUUUUGAAGCUGCACGACUCUCUCGGGACUGACUCUGUAGUACAACAGCAACAACAGCCGUUUUUGGAGACCAAGAACCAACGUGUUGGGGAGAGGGGGUUGACCCUUGGAUCUCAAGCCCAUGAGAGGGCUUCAACUCUGGGUAGCAGCGGAAGCACAGUGGGGGGCUGGUUUGAGGGGAGCACCCCCAGCCACAAACUAGACCACCCAACAAAGGCCCCAGUUUCUAAUUCUGUCUCUCUGGGUGUGAGUUGGGGGAGGCUGGACAACAGAGGGGUAGAGGGUGGAGUUGUCUUCCCUGUUACUCCCACCUCUCCAUUCUCUCCAAACCUGAAUGUACACAGGGGAGUGUCACAGGCUGGUCGUCAAGGAGACCAGCCGUCACUGCUGAGUUCCAAACUAACAACCAGUAGCCACCUUCUCUCCCUGAGGAGGCUCAACACUAUAGCUAGCUCCACCCACUCAGAGACCAACGCUCCCUCUAUCUCCUCUCCAACCAAUCACAGGGAUGGAGAGACUUCAAGUCCACAUCUCUCUCCAACUGUAAACAAUGACAGAGCAUCAAAGACAAUUAGGGCGCACCUUUCCUUAACCUCAUCCAAUGACAGAGACAGAGAGAGGUCCAAGUCCCUCCCCUACUCAGAUCCCCCCACUUACAGGACAACAGAGAGGUCAAGGCCCCUCCCCUUACCAACUUCCAAUCACAGAGAAGCAGACACACACAGGACACACCUAUUUUCAACCUCGCCCAAUUCCCAAAACAUAGAAGGCACACCCCGUACCGACCUUCCCCAGACUUCCAGGGUGUAUCCCAACAAAACCUUCCCCAGUAAGCAGACUCUUUUGUUUAGUGGUGUAGAGAGAAGUCCCCGCUUAGAGAGAUCAGGUGGAACCACCUUUCAUCUGUCUUCCUCUCCACCAUCCCAAUAUGGCCACCUGGAUUCUCUAAGGAGUCAGCCUCUUCCCAGAGGAUCCACACUGAGGUCUACUAGCCGGAGACAAUACACCAGUCUAGAGGACAGUGUGUCUAAUCCUAGUUCCCCCCUCCUCAGUCCCACUACCACCACCACUAUCAACUACAACAACAACAACCACACAUCCAGCCUCUCCAGCACUUCUAGCAACAAUAACACAGGCCCCUGUAGCACCAAUGAUAUCACUAGUGUUAAUCCCCAAAGCAGCAUCAAUAACACCAAUAACACAGUGCAAAACACCCACACCGCCCCAUCACAACUGCAGUCCCCUAAAACCGCCUACACCCCUACCACAAUCCCCCAACCACUAACACUUAAAACCAGCUACGUCCCCAGUAACCCUAUCCCCUACACCACCAUACCCCUGAGUAUGACCACCACCCAGGACCCCUCUACUCCUCCCCUCUCCCCACUCAGCGCACCACCUCUUGGGGAGAGGACGUUCACAGGCAGCCUGGCCCGCUCUCCUAAGAAACACCAGUACCCGGUGGAAGAGAGGGUAACAGCACAUAGAGCACGGCAGGAGUCUCUGGAGCGACAACGCUCUGAGGAAACCAGUAGGAGGCUGUCAAGGUCUCAUUCACAUCAGAGCCCAGCUGACCUGACCAGCUCUACGGCCCCAACCAGACCCCUCCGUAGUGUAGGGUGUCCCGCCAUCUUCACCUCCCUGAGAUUGGGGAGCCCCACCUGGGCAAUGUCACUUCUGUCUCCCCAAACCCCCAGGACCACCAAACUACAAGUCUGGAGGGGAGACUCAAUGCAUCAUUUAUCCAUAAUGCCUGAUACAACGGUGAAGGAGGGAGGGCGAGCUCUCUCAGAGCGUGUUAGCGACCACACUUCACGGUUCACAUUCGACCACACGGGAACAGACUCGACCGCACUAGGACCACAGAGGAAGACGUCUGCCCCUCUCUCCCUUCCUGAUUUUGGGAGCUUUUACAACCCUUGGUUUAGCUCCCUGCCCUACUCCACCCUCAAGUCUUCACGCACAACCCUGGGUGAGUUCACACACACAACCUCACCACAAACCCCUCUCUCACCCUCACCCUCUACCUCACCCCAAACCCCUCUUUCACCCUCUACCUCACCCCAAUGCUACCCCUUCUACAGCCAUCGCAGGACUGGGUCACGGGACAGUUCAAAGGUUGUUGCCUUGGAAACGGAUAGUGUCAUCAACAACUCCAAACAGACCAGUGAAGACGAUGUUGAGACACUUGUAUACCGGAUUUCUGAGAUCGAUUCCUCCACCAUAUUGGACAGUAUUAGACUUGCACAGCCCUGUUUUCCUCAACACACUCCAGACACACGAGUCAUCACAGAUAUCAAGUCAAAUGAACUCUCCCGUCUCACCUCUGACCUAUCACAAUCGUCACAACACAGCCAGGUGAUAGGAAGUCCCAGCUGUCAAUCACACCAAAACUCCAAUGACAGUGGAGCAUUAGACACUGAGAAGGUUGUGUGUAAAAUGGAAAGUUUCCUUAAGAGUGCAGUGGUCCCAAUACAACCUCAGAGCCCAACGAAAGAGGCAGAGAAGGGACAGAAGGGAAGGAACAAAAUGGACCUGGUGCUGAGUCGACUCCAGCAGACCUUCAGAGUCAACUGUCUGGAUGACGAGAAGAGGGAGAAGACACCCCAGCCUCCCUCUGUCAGCAGAGCAGGUGACAUUAGUGAUGGCACUGACUGUAGCGAAUCUAGCGAUCAAGCAGAGGAGGACAAAAAGGACAGAUGGAGGGAGAAUGAUGGCUUUCUCAAACCUUCAACCUCUUUCUGGGCUGGCAGUGAGCGCACAUCAGAUAUGACUAAGGAAAAUGUUAGACGUGAACACUCACAGGGUUUAAAAGACAACAAAAAGGCUAGAAACAGAGACCAGCCUCAUGUUAUGGACCUUCCUCAAUUUGAUGCUUACAACGAUAAAAGCUUCACUCUACCCAGAAACCAACCUUCUCGUCGAGAGAUCAGCCCAACCAGGCGACAGUUUGAAGCUUACAAAGAGGAGAGGAUCAGUAGAGCCAGAAAGAAACCUCCUCAGAGAGACUUCAGCCCCAUUAGGCAUCAACCCUGGGACCCCAGCCACUCUGCAAGCCUCCCUGCCUACAUAUCCUCCUCAGGCAGCCCCAGGAACACUUUCUCCAUCUUCCACUUCAGCCAUGAGGACUCCAAGAACGACAAUGUUUUCCAUUUCAACCACGAGGACUCCAAGAACAACAACGUGUUACUCAGCCCCAGGCUUCAUCAGACGAAGAAGACUACCUUUCUCUGUGAGCCAGGGGAAGGAGGGUUUUGUUCCAGGGUGGGCCAGCGUGGCAAUGAGGGAUGUAUGGCCUCCUUCUCCUCCUGUGCUGAUCUCAAAUAUGGUCUAGAGGCCGGACGUUCCUUCUCUGUGAGCUCUGUGCUCUCCAGCCGACCUUCUGGUCCUGGACGCAUCUCCACCGGCCCCAGGAUCAGCAGUGUCAGUUACCUCACUGACCCCGCUCUGACCUUUGGAGAAGAAGUCAUGACUUGGGAUGACCAAAGGGUCAAAGGUGAUUGGAUAAAACCAAUGUGGGACACACACACAACCACUGGUGACAGCCAAGCUGUAAAAACCACAGGUGACAGCCAAGCUGUAAAAACCACAGGUGACAGCCAAGCUGUAAAAACCACAGGUGACAGCCAAGCUGUAAAAACCACAGGUGACAGCCAAGCUGUAAAAACCACAGGUGACAGCCAAGCUGUAAAAACCACAGGUGACAGCCAAGCUGUAAAUAACUGGUUCGUCAUUAGUGACCAGAACUCCAAAAAUGAGCGUAAAACAAUCACAGCUAACUUUACAGAUCCACGCAAGUCUAGAUCCAAAUCCUUACCCAGAAAUGUAUCCUGGGGUUCAGAGGUCACUUGCCCAUCUCCGACCACCACCUCCACCACCACCGGCCGCAUGUGGAAUCCCGGCAGCCUGGAGACCUCUCACUUCCUGUGGGAUACAGAGCGUCCUGCAACCACCCCUCCGUCCCCUCUCUGGUCCCCAGCCUCCAGACGCAUAUCUCGCCCCACCAGCUCCUCCUCCUCCUCCUCUGCCUCCCCCUCCCCCACAGACUGCAGGGUGUCACAGGACAGUCUGUCCCCCAGGGGGCGCUUACCCUCCAGGGGCUACGUCUCCAGCCUGGCUGCCUUCGAGGAGUCCGACUCAGACUCAGCCUUUGACAUGGACUCUGACACAACCACAGACGAUGAAUACUGCCUGGCAGGUGACAGUGGCGAGAAGGAAACAGAACUGUGAGAGGAGACAAUGUAUAGUCUAAAGUGGGUCCGUCUGUCUCCUUUUGGUUUCCUCAUAUAGAAAGGAAACCUAUUAAACUACCAUCUGAUUCAGAGGGGUUGGGUUAAAUGCGGAAGACACAUUUUGGUUUGAAUGCAUUCAGUUGUGCAACUGACUAGGUAUCCCCCUUUCCUUCCUUUUCCCUAUUUAUGAUCAGUAUGAACAGACUUCAUCUGGUGUCCAUGGCUGACAGUAAAUAAGACUGCACUGUCAGAGUGAACACGAUAUCAUAUCAGAGGUUAAAUGUCAUGGUGCUCAUGUCAUCCUGGUACUCAAAGAGCAGCUUAUCACAUGACCUCACCACAUUCAAGACCGUGGCUCUUUGUUUGUUUUGUCAUGAUGUCACAGGCUGCUUAGAUAUUGGCCUCUCACUUGACUUUCUCAUGUGCUGAUAUUUGUUAAAUAAUCAGUGGGAAGUGUACACCGAGUGUACAAAAUAUUAAGAACACCUUCCUAAUAUUGAGUCCCCCCCCCCCCCUUUUUCCUCACCUGGAAAGAACUGGUGGAAGGAGCAGGUGGAAAGAGCAGGUGAUCAUAAUGUUUUGUACACUCAGUGUACAUGCUGGUUUGACUGUACUACUUUAUCAGCUACACAAAAUAAGUUAACAAUGGUCUCUGUAAAGCUAUUCUAUCCUGUUCUGAUCAGGGCCUGUAUUCACAAAGCAUCUCUGAGCAGGAGUGCUGAUCUAGGAUCAGGUCCCCCUGGUACAUAUGAUCGUAUUCGUUGUGAUCUGAAAGCCAAAACUGAUCCUAGAUCAACACUCCUACAACAGACUCCUUGUGAAUACAGGCCCUGUUGUGGUUGAGCCCUGCACCUGGUGAGAGGUAUAUCUACCAUAAUCAGUGUGCGUGGCGUCUACAUUUAAUUGCUGCUUAUCAACAGGCUUUAAGAUAACAUCCUAUACAAUUUACAGGGUAAAUAUUUUUGAGCGUUUUUGUUUUAACGGGAAUGAUUGUUUGCGUUUCUUUUUUGGUUAUCCUUGAAGGCUUUUCGUGAAAUGCAUAUGUAUGCAUUAUAAACAGAUCAUUGUUAUUCAACUUUUGUGAAUUACUUUUUAUAUAUGGUUAGCGACGAUAGAAAUUAAUAACUAUACCUACAUGUACAUAUUACCUCAAUUACCUCGACACCGGUGCCCCAGCACAAUGACUUUGUACCAGUACCCCCCUGUAUAUAGUCUCCGCAUUGACUCUGUACCAGUACCCCUGUAUAUAGCCUCCACAUU